UCACACCGCAUAUCGUGAUGGCUAAACCAGUGAAGCGCCAGACUCACUGCUUCGCGCCCGGAUGCUCUACCGGGUACGUUUCAGCCCGAAAGGCAGGUGUAAAAAGGUCUGUUUUCACCGUACCGAACGAUGAGGACCAGCUGAAAGCAUGGCAGCGUUACGUUCUACGUGGUGACAAACUGCUCGACCGAACUGCAGUCCUGUGCGAGUUACACUUCGAGCAACGGUUUAUUGUGAGAGAUUACACCCAUAUCGUGAAUGGUGAAGUUGUGAAGAUUCCUCGCGGCCGCCCAUGCCUUACCGAUGAUGCAAUACCGUCGAUCUUCCCAAACACGCCGAGUUAUCUCUCUAAAAAGCUUCGUCAGAAGCGCAGCUCCCGGACAUCGAGAGGAGAAGUGCUCAGCAAAAAAAGAAAAGUGAACGAUGAAAACGAACUUCCUUCGAUGGAGCACGAUUCUUCCUUAGAUGUGACAACGAACGGUGAACGUGUUCCCGGCGCGUCGUGUACAGUGGAAAAACUGGAGCAUAUGAAAGGUGAGAAGCUUCCAAGCAACUACUGGUCGAUGUGCCUACUUGCGGAUGCCCCGAACGCUGUUGCGUUUACUGUUUGCGCUCAAGAUGGUGAUAGUGUGUACUUCAAGAAACUGGUGUUGGGCUCUGCUGAGGAUACUUGCUAUCGUUGUGUAGUGUUUGUGCAAAGGAAAGUUGUAAAAAAAGUGGAUGUGUUUGAUGUGAAUGCUGUGGAAAGCCUCCUCCACUCCAUCAACGAGAUGGUUGUGUGCUCCGGUUUUGAGCAAGGUUCUAUUCCACUUGAGCGGCUUGACAGUUCCAAUCAAUCAAAAUACAGAACGCAUGGAAACAAGUCGUACAGCAAAAGUUGCUCAGGCAUGUCUCAAAAUCAAAGGCCUUGUAUACACUGCAGGUAUCUAAAGAAACUGCUUUUGAACCAAGCAUCCUAUAAGAAGAGAAAAGCUAGAGUGGCUACUCGUUACCGUGCUUCGAAGAAACUAAUUAUGCGGGGAAGACAGUUGAGGCGAGAAAAGGCAAAAGUCAGUGAACUAAAGCAAAUGCUUGCGAAAAUGAAGCAAAGUAAUUCUGCCCUCUCUGAAUCAAACCUUCAGGAGAGUCUGUCUAAGCUGCCUGAGAAACAGCGGCAGCAGGUACAAACAUGCUUUGAAGCAGCGAAAAGGAAAGAAACACAGGGGAUGAAGUACAGCGAUGAAUGGCUUCUGGACUGCAUUACAAUGCGCAUGAAAAGCCCAAAGCUGUAUGAGCAUAUUCGAAAGCAUAAAAUAAUGGUCUUGCCAGCAAGAGUUGUUUGCACAAAAAAAACCAAAAGUGUAGACGAGUUUCACAGGCACGGAGGUCUCUUCAUUGACGAGCUGAAGCUCUCGGAGAGCCUCAAAGGGACAAGCAGUGGACUCAUCGAAGGUUUCGUUGACUUGGGCAAAUACACUUCUCUAGAUCACAGCACACAAACGUGUGGUCACGGUCUAGUAGUAUUGUACCAGCCAUUUUCAGGCAACUUUCAGCAAAUCUUAGGGGUUUUCGGCUCCCAUGGAAAUGUAAAGGCCGAUGUGCUUGCAAAAAUCAUUGUCGAUGCAACACUAACUGCCGAGAAGCCUGGGCUUUUUGUGGAUUUUGUGACCACAGAUGGUGCAUCCUGGAACAGGAGUAUGUGGCAACAAUUUGGCAUCAAGGGUUCUUCAAAUUUGGCGAAGGCAACUGCUAACGGAAAUGUGUCACCAUCAGUGCUGAAGAGCCUCACCCAUGGCAGCCACAAAGACCGGAGAGAGUUCCAGAUGAAGCUUGACGAGCUCAUGGACAUAGGGUGUCUCAAUGAAGCAGCUUAG